CGUAGGUGACUGGUGACAGGUAACAUGGAACGCAUGGAACAGGUGUGUAUGAAACCUCCUUGGCCGGCGUGUUUGGCUGUUCGUGAGAACCUCUUGCCAUCCGGCAUUCCACACAUUCCUAUUUUGAUCGAGGAUAUUCCUCGAUACGUAUCUCUAUCCAACUACGAGGAGAAUUAUAUAAAAAGCGUGCAGACGAUCGGUGAGAUUCUUCCCGGCGCGGCACGAAUUGUCCAAUUGCAGAGUAUUUCGUCUGAUAGCGAAGCAAAAGUUCUCCUUAGCUUGGAGAGACUUCCCGUGGAUGCCGUCUAUUUUAAGGACAGCAAGGGACGGCAUAUACCUAUAUGGGAAAAAUCUCGUAUUUUUAAAGUUUUUGGAACAUUGGAAUGGAGAGAAAAUAAAGCUGUACUAAUAGCUUAUAAAUUGUUGACAAUUCAAGAUAUACGUGGUAGCCUGAAUAUAUUAUCAUUGUUAUCCGCAGCGGUUCGUCCUAUGUAUUGUCAGUACAAAGAAUUGAAAUAGAGUGAGAGCAAAUAUUUAUUACAAAUAUUUAGCACAUGUUUAAAUGAAUCUUUUAUUUAUCUGUCUUUGCGUUUUGGAUGUUAAAAGCCUCUUUAAUAACAUUGUUAUUGAAGCAAAACAUGAGUGUAUUCACACAGUGCUUAAAUCCUCUCACUGGU